AUGUCAGAUAUAAGUGCAUCUGAAUAUAUAUCACGCCAGGAUGAGUUGGAACAAGAAGCAAGAGAACUGAUGCCUUGGGAACCUAAGACGUGUACCUAUGAGAUGGGGCCAUUAAAACAGUCAGUAUUUGCGUGUCGAUCCCAUAAGAACAUUGGACUAUGUUAUUCAUGUUCUAUUCAAUGCCAUACAAAAUGUGAUAUAGUGGAAUUAUUCACCAAAAGGCAUUUCACCUGUGAUUGUGGGACUGAAAGAGAUAACCAGGAGCCAGGAGAAGAAGGCUUCAGAUGCCAGCUACGUAAGAAUAGGGAAUCAGAUGUACCUAGCUUGACCAACAGGUAUGGUCAGAAUUUCCGAGGAUUAUUUUGCGAAUGUGAGAAGGAGUACGACCCAGAUUCUAAUGAUACUAUGAUACAGUGUGUCCUAGGUACAGAAUGUAAUGAGGAUUGGUACCAUGAUAGCUGUAUGGGUAAGAAAAUACCACCUUUGGAGUCCUUUGAUGCAUACAUAUGCUGGAAAUGUGCUAAGAAGUAUGAUUACUAUCUUAAAAGAAUUAUCUCACACCCAUUGGGUGAGAAGAUUGUUGCCCAUACCUUGGCUCAUGGUGUAGAAGAAGACAAAGAGGACUCUAAACCAACCAGUGGUAUGAAAAGAUCCGCUAAUGAAGUGGAUUCACAACAUAAUAACGACGAAUAUUCCAUCUUUCUCAAAGAAGGGUUCUCAGAAAAAUUGGGGGAACUCAAGGAUUCUAUCGAAGAUCAUAAUGAUAAAUUGUACCUAUUUUUAAAUGAUCUAGUACCAUUUUUGAUCAAAGAUGAACCUGUUUACGAACCUGCUGACGAUGGUGAAGAUGCUCCUGAUGACCUGGUGUCAAACGUUUUAAGAAAUGCAAUGCAUAGGGAACAGGCGAUAGCUGGUAUUUCUGCCUUCAAUGCAUUGAAGAUGAAACUCAACGAAUUUUUAAAACCAUUUGCAGAGACUGGAAAUGUGGUCAAGGAAGAAGAUAUAAAGAGUUUUUUCCAACGACCAGAGGAGACUUCAAAAUGA